UAACUCAUACGGUUGACAGGCUUCAGGCCUCGAUCCGAUGUGCCCCUGGUUGCGCGUCUCCCGCCGGUUGCCUUUGCGGCAUGAUUUGGUAUUAGUAAACGGGGGUAGAUGCAUCGCAACGGUCUGCUCAAGACUCGCGCCGAGGCUUCACAUCGGUCUGUGAAGUUGCCAUCGGUGUGCAUAUGCCCAGCGGUGACCGAGGCGUGAGGAUAUGCUCCGCCAUGCUUUGCUGACGGGAGCCGGGAGCCCUAUUUGUUGGCUACAUCUGCAGUUGUCAGCGCUGGCAGAAAUUGACGUGGCCGUGGCGAUCGCUAGCCAGGUGGAGCACUCCUAUCCUUCGCAGGACACGUUUCGAUGUGGUGAUCAUCACUCAUCUUACUCGCAGGGCAGUUAUGCUUUGCCCGAAUCAGAAUGUUAUGUCCACCCACUGUACCCAGCUUUAAACCACACGGCGAGAACCGUUCUCUGUUAUGGUGCGCUUGUGUUGUCUGAUAUUGUAAUAUAUGUGCACACUGGCGCUGUGCCUUUCGGUGGUUUCUAUCACGUAAUGUGGCUGACAGAGACUCCAAUUCAUGUAGGAGGCCGGAGUGCUGUGGAGACGAAGUCGUGGCUCUUGUGCAAAACACCUGGAGGACCUGCAAACCAAGAACCAAGGAGAUCCGUUUUCUCAGGAGUCGAGCAACGGUUGGAGACCCAACAUUGAAACCGUUUCUUGUUGUCCAUCAGGGAUUAGAAAAGAGCUGGUCUGCAUACGUUAGGCAGAUUGCUUGGGUUUACCGGCAAUCAAAGCAGGACCACUAUUUGCAUAUGUUUCAAUUCGACAAGAGUAAUUUCAUGCCUGAGCUUG